CUAAAAAGUUACCUGCAAGAAGCGACAUCUUUUAAAGAUUUGAAGUAAUCGUUAUUGAGGUGCCAUCUAUUAUAAUAUCGAUGAACUAUAAGCUAUGACGUAGAACAAUUUUAAAUUGAGUACCGUGCGGUGAUAAUUACUGUUUUGUAUGGCAAAAUUGGCCGAAGAUGAUGGUUAUUAGGGUUUUUUCGUAGAGAAAAAAUUGCGGUUUUUAAUUUUUUGUCUAGUUUUUCGCGUGGAACGGUGCUGUAUUGAUGAUCAAACGAGUGUUGGGUCAUUAAAAGGCAAUAACGAGAAGGAAGGAUCCGCUUUGGGACGCUAUCAUUAUCGUUUCGACCUUUUAACCCGUGACACGAUUACACAGUGUAACAGACAAUGGUGUACGUUGGUUGUUCUUGUCGAUUUGAAAACGUUUAUUGUUUAUCGAAGUUAAUUAGGGAGCAUCAUCAUCCGUCGCACGGCCGGCCCUUCCCAUCUAAUUAUUUACUCUAUUUGAAUUGUCGCUGUAAUACACAAUAAAGAGUUAGGUAAGAAUCCGGCGACAAUUCAUUUUUAACCGUUUUAACGACGCAUCUGUUCGUAAAUAAACUACAAUUAACUCUUGAUUGACUUAACUGACGAAGACGUCCCCUUAAAAAAGAAGUAAUGCACUUCACAGCAUCCUUUAACUUCACAUACUCGUGAUUUAGGUAAACAAAGAGUUGUUAACUUUUUGUAAUACAAUUGCAACAUCUAGUUUACACCAGACUUAAGUUGAAGAAAUUAAACGAAUAAUUGGAUUAAUUUAAGAUCUCCAAUGCGGGCUUACUCAUGACUUUUAUUAAUUAUAAAAUGCGAGAUACUCCAGAUAACUAAAGUUGCGCAAAACAAAAAAAAAUUGUUAUCGUUAAAAUCGUCAAAAAAUAAUCAGAUUACUCAGAUAGUCGGAAUCAUUACUAUUGUUUAUGUGAUUUUCAACGCGAAAUGAUCGCGAUUUACCUCUGGAUUUUACUUUUCGUUUUCGUCGGAGCCGAUCAACCCAUUUCUUGUCAAAAAUGUAGAAAUCAAAGAGUUCAUAAUAUGAAAGGCGCGGAUUGUUACGAUUUGGGUUUAAGGGAGAUUCCGCAAUGUUUAAAUCCAAAUAUUGAGGUAUUGGACUUAUCAUAUAAUCGCAUAAGAAAAGUCAAAGAAACUGAUAUUGAACGUUAUUCUAGUCUAAAAUAUUUAUAUUUAACCGAUAAUACAAUCACUGAAAUAGAAGAAAAAGCAUUAUCAAAAUUAACAUCGUUGGAACUUUUGCAUUUAAGUUAUAAUCCGUUAUUGGCGAUUCCAAAAACGAUUUUUCAAUUGCCAUCUUUAAAGAAAUUGUAUAUAAGUGAACAUCAAGAUGUUGAUGUUGCGUAUGAUAUUGAGAAAGGGAAGCCGAUAUUAAGUCCGUUGAUGAUGUUAGAAAUUGCGUUUAACGAUAUGAGAGAGUUGCCUAAUUUGGGGGAACUCCCGACGUUGAUUUUUUAUAACAUAUCGGGAAAUAAAGACGUUUUGAUGAAAACGUCCCAUUUUGCUGGGCUGUGCAUGCUAAAACAAAUCGAUAUGACGAAGUUUAGCGGAAGAUUUGUUUCUGAUUGUGAUUGUAUUAAUAUUCAAAGAUGGCUUCAAGCCCGGAAAGUUGAGAUUAUCGGGGAAUUUAUUUGUCAAAUUAAUGAUUGCGCAUAUGAAAUCCCUGAAAGUGACUUAGAAAUGUUUGCAAUUUGUUUAGAGAGCAAUAAAGUGAAGAGUUUGCAUAGCACAUUGUUAUAUAUUGUCCUUCCCGCGUGCCUUAUCGCUACUAUUAUUUUGUGUAUACUUCUCUUUAUGUGCUGGCGAAAAACAAACAGUAGAUAUCAUCGAACAUCUGUCCAAAUCCAUGCUAACCGUCCAUUAUUUAAAUGAAAGAUGUAGAAAUGUAAAUAGUUUAGGUUUAUAAAUAUAUUUUUAUAAAAAAAAUAUUUAUAAUAUA